AUGCCGCCGCCGCCGCUGCCGCUCCUCCUCCCGGCGCUGCUGGCCGCCUUGGCGCAUCCGUGCCGGGGCUGGUCCGCUCCGGAGCCUCCUCCGCCCGAGCUGGCGCUGCCGCCCGUCAACGCCUCUUCUUCUUCGGCGCCCUUCGCGGGCUCCUCAGGAGGGCGAGAAGCCGCCACUGAGGAGGAAGCGCGCCCCGCCACCACCGGCGCCCCGGCGGCCCCUUCGCCCGCGCCGCCGCCGCCCCACCGCCGCCCUCCGGCGCCUCAGCAGCAGCCGCCUCGCGAGGACCCUCCGUGCAACAUCAGCGUGCAGCGCCAGAUGCUGAGCUCGCUGCUGGUGCGCUGGAGCCCGCUGGGCUUCCAGUGCGACCUGGUGCUCUUCUCCACCAGCGGCCCCGGAGGGCGCGCCUUCUUCUCGGCCGCCUUCCACCGCGUGGGGCCGCCGCCGCUGCUCAUCGAGCACGUCGGGCUGGCGGCCGGCGGCGUCCAGCAGGAUCUGCGCCUGUGCGUGGGCUGCAGCUGGGCCCGGGGCAGGCGCGUGGGGCGCCUCCGGUCGGGGGUCGCCAACCCGGCGCCCGCCUCCUCCUCCUCCUCCGCGCUCUCCUCCUCCUCCUCUCUGCCUUCUCCUGAGCAGCAAGGCGACCGGCUUCAUUUCUGCUGCCUCGAUUUCAGCCUGGAAGAGCUGAAGGGGGACCCCGGCUGGAGGAUGAACCGAAAGCCCAUCGAGUCCACCUUGGUGGCUUGCUUCAUGACGCUCGUCAUCAUCGUGUGGAGCGUGGCCGCCCUCAUCUGGCCGGUGCCCAUCAUCGCCGGGUUCCUGCCCAAUGGCAUGGAGCAGAGAAGGAGCGCCGCCGCCGCCGCCGCCUCGGGAAGCACAUCUGGAGCAGCUGCAGCCGCCGCUAAAUGACCCGCAUCCAGUACCGGAUGAAACCCCGAAGAGGCCCAUCCGCGAUCGAAAUCUUGCCGUCAUCCCCACCUCUAGUGGGAUAACACUGAACUCAGAAAGCUUGAUUUGUCAUUUUCCUUCCAAGAUCAAAUCAAUCUGGGGCCCCUAAAA